UGUUUAAGACUAGACUAGAUUGUUAGAAUUUGGAGGUGAGAGAGAACAUCGAUGGCUAGGCGGCGAGUCGAGACUCAGAACGAGUCGUUAUUGACUCGGAUUGUUGAUUCCAUUUUCGCCUUCGUGAGAAAUGCCGAGUUUGAGAUCCUCUUCUUUCUUUUCUUCUUCAUCGCUUAUAUUCUCUUCAAAGACAUCACAUCGAGACCUGAAUACAAUCAAGUAUUUGUGAAGAAACCUGGUGGUGGACCAGAACUUUGGCCAUUUUAAAGGAAUUGAUGCUUGGACAGGUUGGAUGUCAUCCGUGGAGUAUUCUAAGCACACGCGUGUGAUGAUUUCACAUAUUUCCUUCUGUAUUUGUAUCUUUAUAUAAGGUAGGAAAAACAGGUGAAACUGCCACAUAUUUGUAUGAUGCUAAUGUUACAUUCUAGUUAGGUAUAGCAAAAUCAAGUAAAGAAUGUCGACAAUGGAUUUUCUGUUGUUUGUUUCUUUUUCAAAUUGGAUGGAUUUGUCUCAUUCUAUAUCUUGUUUCCGUUUAGCUUAGGAAUAGAAAUGCUCAGACCCUAUUCAUGCUCAGUUCUCAAAUGUGGAUUACAGUUUACUAAUAUUCCAUGAUCCUUAUCUUUUUGGA